AUGACUGGUAUUUCGGUAAGGGGUUGGCGGCUGCUGCUUGUCGGAGUUGUGGCGGGAUGCAUCAUGCUCGCCGGAUGGCUCAGCACAAACAUGGGACUCCAGGUCGAUGGUGGCAAGGAGGUCAUUGGUGGUAGAUACCACGUCUAUCAGCAAGAUCUUGGGCUAUGGAAAAGAUACAUCGUCUCAGAGAAGAACACGUUCUUGACAUCACAGAAGGUUUGCUCCUUAGUCGAUGCCGGUGGAAGCAUGAAAUUGCACAUCUUGAGUGCUUUCCGAGACCAUUGUUUGAGGAAAAGAGGCAGUGGAAGCGAGAUCAGGCAUAUGGCUGUGGAGGAGGUCAGUACCCUUGAAUUCCCGAGACAGCAGUAUGAGGAACUUUUACCGGUUACCGCCUCCCAGUUCACUUUGAAAUUCAGGACGACGUCCAUACUUUAUUUUCUAACACUUGUCACUAGACUUGAUGUCGUGGUUGGUGAACAUGCAGUGAUGUCGAUGAUGCGAGCGCAUAUGAGAAGCACUUUUUCAAGCACAUCUCCCCUCCACCAUCCCCAACAAAUCAAAUACGCAGCAUACCCAAGGUUGUCACAUCGGUUAGGGGUCAAGGAACUCGCGUGGGAGAUCAUGGUACAUAUAUUGCCACCUUCCCUCCUUAUAUUGCUGAACCAAACUCUGAUAGGCUUCUAUUGCGAGAACACAGCCAAGUUGACGACCAAGUUGAAUGUCAGUAUGCGCGGUCGUGCAUGUCGCUUUCGCUACACGAAGUUCAAGGACUCUGAAUGCAUUCCUCUCCCCACAACGGUCCCACCAAGUCGUCGGUGCAUGCAGAAUAUGCAAAGUUCUCGUUGGUUAGAACAAGAGAACUGGCUGUAUCAAAUGCGGCAUAAGCAAUUAUGGGGAGAGUCGGCGGGGAGACAGAAGGAUAGUCGACAUAGCACCCUGUUGUAUCUGAGCAGCGUUUGA